AAUUAAAAGAAAGAAGCGGUUUGUGUUGAAAUAGGCGGGCACGUGGUGUGUGUUUUCGCGACUCGCCAGAGAAGAAAGUUUGAGAGCUUCGUUGUGAUCGGACUGUUGAGAUUCAGACGGUACAGAUCGUGAUCGGAGAAUCAUAAACAGUAAUGGUGAAAGAGACGGAGUAUUACGACGUGCUCGGCGUUAGCCCCACAGCUACGGAGACCCAGAUUAAGAAAGCUUACUACAUCAAGGCACGCCAAGUACAUCCAGAUAAGAACCCCAAUGAUCCUCAGGCUGCUCAUAAUUUCCAGGUGUUGGGAGAGGCCUACCAAGUGCUAAGUGAUCCAGGGCAACGUCAGGCAUAUGACACAUAUGGGAAGUCUGGGGUUUCCACUGAGAUCAUUGAUCCCGCGGCAAUAUUUGCCAUGCUUUUUGGGAGUGAGCUUUUUGAAGAGUACAUAGGGCAGCUUGCUAUGGCAUCAAUGGCGUCUCUUGAUAUUCUCUCUGAAGGGGAUCAGAUUGAUACUAAGAAGAUUAUAGAUAAAAUGAGAGCUGUUCAGAAAGAAAGAGAAGACAAGCUUGCUCAGAUUCUCAAGGACCGCCUCUACCUAUAUGUGACCAACAAAGACGAAUUUAUUAGCAAUGCUGAAGCUGAAGUUACAAGACUUUCAAAUGCAGCAUACGGUGUGGAAAUGUUGAACACAAUCGGGUAUAUAUACGUAAGACAAGCGGCGAAAGAGCUUGGGAAGAAAGCUAUAUAUCUCGGUGUACCAUUUGUUGCUGAAUGGUUUAGGACGAAAGGUCACUUGAUCAAGUCCCAAGUAACAGCUGCAACAGGCGCAUACGCUUUAUUCCAGCUGCAAGAGGAAAUGAAAAGGCAGCUAAGUGCUGAAGGAAAUUAUACUGAGAAGGAGCUUGAAGAGUACAUGAAGUCACAUAAGAAAGUGAUGAUUGAUUCUCUGUGGAAACUCAAUGUUGCUGAUAUCGAAAGCACCAUCUCCCGUGUUUGUGAACUGGUUCUUCAAGAUCCCACUGCCAAGAGAGAAGAGCUUCGUGCAAGGGCAAAGGGGUUAAAAACUUUGGGGAAGAUCUUCCAGAAGAACAAGAUAGCCAGUGAGAGUGAUCCAUUAGUAAGAGCUGAACUUCACAAAAUAAACGGAAAUGGUCAAGACCGUGAUGCACCAAACUCUGAUGAAGCAUCACAUUCUUCAUUUGGGCCUCAGGAACCGCAAAGCCCAUAUGUGGAAGCUCCUAAGCUUGGAGAAGAGCAAUUCAACUAUUACUUCCCACGGCCUGCGCCACCUCCAGGAGCGCGGAGACACUCUUGAAACUGGCAAAGGAUUGAUUCAGAUAAGAGAUCGUGAAAGGUCAUUUAAUAUUACAAAUUUUCAAGCAUUUAUGCAUAUAUUGAUAUGUGUAUUUGCUGGCGGUGGUAAACAUUGUGUAAUAUUUAUUAGGAUAAGAAAUGGUUGGAUCUGUGAAAAGCACAUAAACUCUCAUCUUUGACAAUGUAUAAUGUUUUAAUUUUUUAUUUAUUUUAUCAAUAUCUAAGAUGAUGUUUGGAGAUC